AUCUGACUCCUGAGGGUCAUAGCACCUUCCUGAAAGCUAUAGCUUCCUUCUCACCUUGAAGAAUAAGCCCAGAAAGCUCACAAAAUGUGCGAUGCUUUUGUGGGUACCUGGAAACUUGUCUCCAGUGAAAACUUUGAUGAUUACAUGAAAGAAGUAGGAGUGGGCUUUGCCACCAGGAAAGUGGCCGGCAUGGCCAAACCCAACGUGACCAUCAGUGUGAAUGGGGACGUGAUCAACAUUAAAUCUGAAAGUACCUUUAAAAAUACUGAGAUUUCCUUCCAACUGGGCCAGGAAUUUGAUGAAGUCACAGCAGAUGACAGGAAAGUCAAGAGCAUCGUAACAUUAGAUGGAGGUGCCCUGGUCCAAGUGCAGAAGUGGGACGGAAAAUCAACCACCAUAAAGAGAAAACUAGUGGAUGACAAACUGGUGGUGGAAUGUAUCAUGAAAGAUGUGAUUUCCACCAGAGUUUAUGAGAAAGCAUAAGCCAAGGGACAUUGAGCUGGACUGAAGUUUGCAUCCAACUCUACGACAUUCUGUCGGAUGUGUUGUUCAAACAUACGUUAUUUUCCACUAACUAGCAAGUGACUAAUUUCCCCCCAAAUUGAUUUUAUUCAAUAUGGUUGCGUUGGUUAAAUAAAACUUUUUAGAUUUACAAG